AUGUUGCUCCUUAAAACCAACUUCGGUGUCGCGAAGUUCAAAAGAAAUCAGAAACCCAGAAGAGGAAUGAAUGAUCAGGGAUCACGUUUUCAGCACAUAAAAUCUUGGCUUUUGACUUCUAAUCAAGUGAUGGUGGCCUUGUGGGGUCGGGUCCCACCAGAAAUAUUUCUAUUGUUGGGAGCCACUGCUGCUCUUAUUGGUCCAAAGGAUUUACCAAUCAUAUCCAGAACAGCUGGGAGGAUAGCCGGCAGGGCUGUUGCUUAUGUACAAUUGGCCCGGGGACAGGUUCAAUCUGUUAUACAGCAAUCUCAAGCUCGUCAGCUUCAUAAGGAACUUCACGGACUCAUGUCACAAGUAGAUGCUAUUAAACAUGAAGUUCGAAGUCUUACAUUCAUAAAUCCUGGCCCUUUAACUCGGAGCCUUGAUAGUCUCGACCACGCAUCUAUCUUGAAUGACUACAGGAAACCGGAAGGUGCUGGGGUGAAUCUCUCAAUAUCGUCUCUUACCAAGGAUUCAACUCCAUUGCCGUCAAAUUCAUUCAAUAUGCAAAGCCAAGCAACUACCUAUGCCAGGUUGGCCGAGGCCCCUUCCAUAAAGAAUGGUUUAUUGGCAAGUAGUGCUGAAGUUGAGAAGGUUAAAGAUGGGCUGCAGCUUAUUGUCAUGCCAGUUUCCGCUGAAAGUACUGGACUCUUACCAAAUCGUGGGGGAGCUGAUGUGAAAGGAUCUGACCUAGUUCAAGAAGCAAUUUUGGAAGCAGAGGUAGCUCAUAAAGCAAAGGAGUUCUUUUCACAGCCUGAAAAUCAGCCCGGAAAUCAGAUAUGA